AACCAAUUGAGGGUACACUUCCAACAUAUCAACAACUUUAUCAAAAAUGUUGGGACGACAAACCAGAAUCAAGACCAGAUAUUGAAGAAGUAUAUGAAAUUUUAAGUCAAUUAAAUAAGGAUUCUUUUGAUCUACUAUCUCUGCAACCUAUUAAUGUUGAUAACACGGGAACUGAUGAUAAUGACGACUUAGAUAUUCCUUCUGAUUAUCUGGAUCGUCACGCUAAAGAUAGUCAUAAAGAAAAACAAAUUGAUGGUUCAUCUUCAAAAUAUCAAAGACUCUAUCAAGAAUGUCAGGAUGGUGAAACAAAGUCAAGUCCUGAUAUUGGAGUUGUAGAUAAGCUUAAAUUGGAAAAAAAUUGUUAUAUGGAAUGGUUAGAAAAAUCAAUUGCCGAAGAAUUUAUCACGUCUUAUGAAUAUUCAGAAUUUAAAAUAUUACAAAAGAUAGGAAAAGGUUCAUUUGGAAGCGUCCGUAGUGCUUCUUGGAAAAAUACUGAUCAAGUUUUUGCUUUAAAAUGUUUCAAUGGUGAUAAGACAACAUUAAAAGAGAUUGUCAAUGAGAUAAAAUUACAUAAAAGAGUGGAUUUUCAUGAAAAUAUUUUACGAUUUCAUGGAAUAGCAAAAGUGAAAAAAACUAAUACAAUUCAAAAGUACGCAUUGGUUUUGGAAUUUGCUGAUAGCGGCACAUUAAGAACUUAUUUAAGUGAUCAUUUUAAUGAACUCAAAUGGGAUGAUAAAUACCGGUUUGCAUUCCAACUAGCAAGUGCGAUGGCGUGUAUACACGAAUGUGAUAUCAUUCAUCGUGAUUUGCAUGCUGACAAUGUAUUUGUACAUCAGAAAAAGAUAAAACUGGCCGAUUUUGGUUUAUCAAGAAAGAUUGCUGCAUCGAGUAAUAAUCCAAAUAUGUUUGGUUUGAUACCUUAUAUCGAUCCAAAAAGGUUAAAAGAUCAGCAAAAUUAUAAACUAAAUAAAAAAUCUGAUGUCUAUAGUGUUGGUGUUCUAAUGUGGCAAAUUUCAAGUGGAUAUCAACCAUAUAGAAAUGAUAGUUAUGACGUAAGUUUAGCCAUAUCAAUAAUAAAUGGAAGAAGAGAAGAAAUUAUUGAUGGAACUCCUGCUGAAUAUAGUGAAUUAUAUAAAGAAUGUUGGAAAGAUAAACCACGUGAACGUCCAAAUAUGCAAGAUAUUGUUUCAACUCUUAAAGCUUUGAUCUCUUCCGAAAAAAAUAGCAUGAACUUGCAACCAAAAAUGUCAAAACCAAGAUCAAUAAAUUUCAUGUCGCAAAAAGAAUUUAAUGCUCAAUAUUUGAAUGAGAAAGAGAUAAAUAUUGUUAGUAACAAAAGCAUAUUUGGUUUCUUUAAAUCACAAUUAGAAGGUUCUUUAAAAAUAGAAGGCUUUAAAAAUUUAGAAAUUAUUAGUUUGAAGGAUUUUAAGUUAACUGGUUUGGAAAUAAAUGGUUGUUCUCAACUUAAUAAGGUUUACUUGUCUGAACUUACUAAACUUACGAGUUUAACUGUAAGCGAUUGUCCAAAACUAACCACGGAUGAUUGUUCGUUAAUUAAGUUAACUAGUUUGCAAAGUUUGAAAAUAAUCAAUUGUCAGCUCCUUUUACAACAGCUUACCGAAUAUUUAAAAAUUUCCAGAUUCUUGAGCAAUAUCGAUUGUAAAUUUUGUUAGUUGUUACCG